UCUUCAAACAUAAAUAUUUAGCACAGAGGAGAAGAAGUUCUUCGUGACGACGUGCCGCGCGCGGGUGAAAAUCGCGUUAAUUACGGUGAAAAAGUGAUCUCCGCGAAGCGGAAGUGUGCGCCAGGGACGGUCCGGACCCGGGAGAAUCCCGUGGCAGCGGAAGUGGCGCGAGGUGGUGCGGUUUUGGGCCGUUACGGGCGGGUUGAAAAGUGGGUUGGCAGGCAAGCGUUCAGGAUAUUGAACGCCCUGCCCUGGUUUUUCUCGCGCGAGUGCGGAGUGGAGUGUGUGCGUUUGUGUUCCUGUGCGGUAGACAAGGCGGCGCAGCAGGUCCGGGCGGUAGGGUUUGGACAAGGGAGAGGUGAAGCGGAGUUCUGCCUCUCCGUGCAAUAGCUUGAACAGUGUGCGGACGCGAGUUGUCCUGGUUGUGUGUGCAGCAGUUCUUCAGAGAUAGCGAAGGGUGAAAAAAGUAUGGAUCCGACUCGGGCCGUCGAGGCAGGUCUUGGCUGGUAGAACAUUCGGACGAAGAAGACGGUGGAUUACGUGUUGUAGCUCAAGCUGCUAAGUUUUGUGGGGUUGAAGAGUUAUUCAACGAUCGUUGCACAAAAUGGAUACCCAAGUGGCUGCCGCUGCGGCAGCAGCUGUCGCUGGCAAGGUCUGCCGGUUGUGCUUUGCCGGAGGUGGCACCGACGACCUGCAGCUCAGCUCCGUCCAGGGCACCAAGUCGCUGCUGAAGCGGAUCUACGAGUGCACCAGCGUACAGAUCACCGCCGGCGGUGGCGAAGGGGGAAUCGAUCAGAACGCCCAGCUCUGCCAGCCCUGUGUGGACCGCAUCGACGACUUUUACGCGUACCGGGCGCUCUGCCGGACCAACAACGACCACAUCCGGCAGCUGGUGCAGGCCCAGCCCGACCAGGUCGUCACCAUCAAGCAGGAGAAGCAGCUUGACCUGGACGACGGCGGCGAAGAUUCGUCAAGACAUCACCCACUGACGGCAGCGAACGACGAGAUCGCAGCCAAGAGUACUCCAAAAACCAAAGACGUCAAGAAACAGUCGCAUUUCUUGCAAUCUAAUCAAUUUCUACAUACUGAUGAGAUCACAAUCAAGCGCGAAGCGCUCCCGGAAGACGCAGACGCUGACGUGUACUACACCAGCGAGGGCGAAACGCCGGCGGCCACAUCGUCUAAACGUCCCAACUACCGCAUCAUCAUCGCGGCCAACAACCGCGAGCGGCUCGUGUACGGCGGCUAUCUGUACUGUCGGCACUUUACGCGGCGGGACGGUUCGACGCACUGGCGGUGCCGGCUGAACGGGUGCCAGGCCGCCGUCAAUCUGAUGCUGGACGAGUCGAUCGUGCUGGCUAAUAAUAACGGGCAUUGUCACGCGCAGAAUGCACCGGAGGAGUUGAUGGCGGACAUUUCGUCGGGGGUGGUGUUGGAGGGGGAUGAGGGGGAGGAGGGGGACGGUAUUGUGGACUCGGAGAUGAUGCAGGUCGAGGCGGAUAGUUUGGUGUACGUGGCGAAUAAGAAGCAGGGGGAGACGUUGGUUCAUGGUGGGUACCGGUAUUGUAAGCGCUACCAGAAGAUGGACGGGUCGACGUUCUGGAAGUGUCGGUCGAACGGUAAUCGGUGCUCGGCCGGGGUUUAUGUUUAUCCGGAGGCGCGGAUCAAGUACCACGGGCAGCACAACCAUGACAAAGUGGUGGAAGGGGGUGAGGGCGAUGAGUCGUCGUCGUUUGUGGUGGAGGGAGGUUACACGAUCUGCGAGGAUGUUGAGGAGGAAGAGGAGGAGGAGGAAGGGCAGGAGGAGGGCGACCGGGACUACUCGGAGGACAUUGCGGCGCUGUUGUCGUCGAGUCUGGAGGUGAUGAUGCCCGAGGAGAAGAAGCAGACGGGCAAGCAGCAGUACGGAGUUGAGGAUUAUGAGAUCACGACCAAUGUGAAGGGUCGCGAGUGUCUGAUCUUCGAGGGUCAUCAGUACAGCAAAGAUCGGGAGCGGGUUGAUGGGGCGGUUUACUGGCGCUGUCGGCGAAACUACGACAAGUGUCGAGCGUUGGCGAUCGUGAUGCCGGACGGGACGAUCGAGAAGUGCGGUGAUCAUCUGCACGAUACGGACAAGCGACACCUGGAGCGGCAGGAGCAAGGUAGCGGAAGUCGCUUCUACCGGAUCAUUAAAAACCAAAGAGGAAACGAUGCGUUCGUGUUCGAAGGUCAUCGCUUCAGCAAGGAGUGGUCACGCGUUGAUGGGUCUAUCAUCUGGCGUUGUUCGUUCCGAAGUGGCGUCUGCCGUGUUAAGGUCGUCCUGAACGGCGACGGGUACGUGUACAAGAUGGGAUCCGAUCACGAGCACGAUCACGAAACGACGGAACCUCCCGUCACCGAAGAGGUCAUCCCAGACGAAGACGUAGAGUUCGUUGAUGAAUCUCCGAUGCGUCGCAAACUAAUCCCCGCUGCACCAUCCGUCUCAAACGUUCCAGCGGAAGUGCAAGCAGCCGGAGGUUAUCGAAUCACUCGCAACCGAAAAGGCUACGAAGCGCUAAUCCACGACGGCUAUCGCUACUGCAAGAUCCGCGUCCGCCAGGACGGUUCCGUCAAGUGGCUCUGCAAGAUGAACAAGAAAACUUGCCGAGCGGCGGUCGAACUCUUCCCGGACGGAUCCCUCGUCAAGAGCAGCGAGUACGAGCACAACCACGAACGCCCCCUCGACGAAGGCGAAGACGAAGAAGACCUCGACGGACUCCCCCAAGAGAUCACCUACCCCAUCGACCCGGAAAUCUUCGGCAACAGCCAGUGGUACUACGUCAAGAACAGCAAAAACGGAAUGAGCAUGAUCCACGCCGGCUAUCGCUACACCAAGAAGUGCGACCGCGUCGACGGAACUUCCCUCUGGCGCUGUUCCGCCGCCCAACGCGGCUGCAAAGCCGGCGUCAUUCUCUUCCCCAACGACACCCUCGCCAUGGUCGAAAACGCCGAACAUUCGCACAAACCGUACGAAAGCGUGCGACGUGCCGCAGACGGCGGCGCCCAAGAAUCCCUCGAAACCGCCCCGCCCUCCCCGGACGUCAUCGAAAUCAACGAAGACGACAACGAGGACGACUCGGCGAUGAACAUGCACUCGCUGCUGCAGACGGUUCUGGGCGCGGACGACGACGCGUCCGGCUGGAUGGCCGGCAACGAGUCCACCCCGGCAGCUGGCGAGAACAACGAAUCGGUGUGGUUCAACAGUGCGACGGACAGGCCGUACCCGCGGCCGGACGGCCCGGCCACCUUCCGCAUCAUCAAGAAUCGACGCAACACGGACAGUUUGGUGCAUCGCGGGUAUCGGUACUGCAAGAUACGCGAUCGGGUCGAUGGGUCGAUUCUGUGGGCGUGUCAGAUGAACAAGAAGACGUGCAAGGCGUCGGUUAAUUUGACGACGGAGGGGCGGGUGGAGGUGCUGAACGGAGCGCACAACCACGUCAAGACGGACGUGGACGAUAUGGGCGGCGAUGAGGACGGGGAGGUGCAGCAGGUGGACGCGUACUAUGCGGAGAAUGGGGCGGAAGUUGAACCCAUCGUCGAAGAACCUGCCCCCGCACCAGCACCUGCUCCCCCAGAACUCCGAACCCCAGCGCCCAAACACCCGGACUAUUACUACAGCGUGAACAAGAGCAACCGCGAGUGUCUGAUCCACCGGGGCUAUCGGUUCUGCAAGCGGCUCGAACGCUCCGACGGCACGACCUCGUGGCGCUGCUCGAUGGGCGGCAACACCUGUAUGGCCGUAGUGACGAUCCUCGCCGAUGGGACGCCCCAGGAGAACGACUUCAAGCACAACCACCAACCGCUGGCGGAGUUGCCACCGGAAGUGGAGAAGAUGGUGGUGGUGAGGGCGCCUACGCCGCCGCCGCCGCCGCCUGUGCCACUUCCGGUAGAGGAGAAGAAACCUACACCGCACAAACGCCAGGGAGAUACGCUCGAGUGGAACGGGUUUCACUACCGGAAGAUUAAGGAGUUGCCGGAUGGGAGCGUCAUUUGGAUUUGUCAGAUCGAUAGCUGUCGCGUGGCGGUCAAGAUGUUGCCGCACGGUCAGCUGAAGAUGUUGAGCGAGUCGGAACAUAAUCAUACGGCGUCUGGGCCGUUGGUGGGAAGCGCUGGUACGAGUUCAACGGUGGUCAAGCCGUCGACGGUGGUUGGUGAGGGUGGACGUAAUCGGAGUUAUCGAUUGUUCAAGAACCAGCGGGGUCAGAUGACUCUGUUGUACGACGGCUAUCGGUACUCGAUUCGUAAUCGCAACCAGGACGGAAGUUCUUCGUGGAAGUGUCGCGCCAACAGCAGCUGCCGGGUCAUAAUCUUCUUGAUGCCGGACGAUCGCAUCGUCGUGGGGAACAACAACGCCGAGCACAACCACGAACCCAACUGGGAGUCUACGAGGAAGUUGGAGGCGGUUGCGCCGACGCGGGUUAACCCGCUGUACGACUACCUGAACAUUAUCCCCGGGGGAAGUGCUCAACAGGUCGCUAAACCUCCGGCUAAACGACCUGCUUCCGCGGUUCCAGCGCGAUCAACGCCCACUCCGGACGCGAACAAUUUUGGACGGAACGUGAUCGAGCACAAGGGCUUCUACUACCGGUUGGUGGUUCGGAAGAAAAACGGUCGCGAGUACUGGCGGUGUGUGCACUUUAAGAAUCGAGCCUGCCGGGCUGCGCUGUUCUGCCGGGACACCGGAACGAUCGUGAUCUCCAGCAAUGGAAAGGAACACAGUCACGGAGGAGGGGCGGCGGCGAAACCGGUUCCUUCGGCUACGCCGAUACGGCAACCUGUGGAACCGAUUCAACCGCGGGUCGUCGUCCAGCCGUCACCACCAGAUGAAGUUCAACUGACCGAAGCCGACGAGGAGCGUUACAUAGACCACGGAGAGUACGUGAUCGCGAAGAAUCGCAAGGAUCAGAACACGCUUAUCUUCAAAGAUCGUCGGUACUACCUGUCGUACAACCGAAGUGACGGCUCUGCCGUCUGGCGCUGCGCUCACCGCAAGCGGUACAAGUGCUACGCCUACGUAAGACUUCGUCCCGAUGGUCGCCUGUUAAGCACCGGCGAGCAAGACCACUCACACUCGUCAACCAAAGAGGAACCGAUGGCCGUUGGAGGCAGCUCGCAACAACCUCGCCAACUCCCAACACAACAAGAACCCCUCGAAACCCGCAACUACCGGAUCGUAAAGAACCGCGUCGGAAACGACAUCCUCAUCCACGACAGCCACCGAUUCCGGCUCAACUACCAAAGAAACGACGGAACGACCCACUGGCGGUGCAUCUGGGCGCGCAGCAACCACUGCUCGGCCGGGGUCUAUCUCUUUCCGCACGGCCUCCUCAAAAAUGCCGCCAACGAGGCCACAAUCAUUCACAACCAUCCGCCGCCGAGUGCGGUGAAGAAGGCUGCGGCGGCGGCCGCUGCCAAGGUCAGCAACGCAGCACCGGUGCCACAACCGGAACCGAAGGACGACGUGGUCGUUGUAGUUACAAGUAGCGAUACGACCCCGGUGAACCAUCCCGCGCAUCGGACGAUCCCGGAGACGGACGGCAUAACCGAUUAUCGGUUCGUGGAGGAGGGCAACAACAAGAUUCUAGUCUGCCGCGGGUAUCGAUACUGGUACACGUGGAUCCGCAAGGACGGCAGCAUCUACUACCGCUGCACCGAGGUCAAGAAGCGCCAGUGCCCGUUCGGCAUCCUGCUGCUCGCGAACGGGCGCGUGAUCCGCUCGAACGACACCUGCCACAACCACGACGCCGCCACCGACGGUCCGAAGGUUGAGGUCGAGGUGGAGGAGGAGUUUUUGGGCUUUCCGGCGGAAACGUCGGCGCCAGUGACUCUGGAGGUUGUGCCGGCGGCAAAGCCAGCGGAGGAGGAGGAAGUUUUGGUGCAGUAUCCGCCGCUGGUGAUUCCGGAGGGUGGGGACGCUGACUUUAAGGUGGUGAAGACUAGUCGGGGGGAGUCGUUGAUCUAUAAGGGUUAUCGGUACUGGGCGAAGAACCGGUUGACCAAUGGGACGGUUUCGCUGUGCUGUACGCGGAAGAAGAUGAAGAGGUGUCCGGCGAUGCUGCGGUUGUUGACGGAUGGGCGGGUGAUGGAUCCGGUUGGGAUGGGGCAUACGCACGCGCCGAGCGUUGAAGGAGGUGGGGGUGGGGUGGUGGCGUCGAUGUUGCCGGAGUUGCCGCCGGCGAUUACGGUGACACCGAUUGUGAGGCCGCCUUCAGUGGCGCCGGUUAGGGUGGCGCAGUUGCCACCGCUCUCGUUCAAUGAGGAGUCGGAUGACGAGUGCGACGAGGGUGAUGAGGCGAUCAAUGGGAGUAAGCGGUACUCGUUCAUGAAGAGUAGUGCUCAGCGGAACUUUGUCGUGUUCCAGGGCUUCGUGUACGACUUUGAACACAAGCAGCACGACGGGUGCGUGUUUUAUCGGUGCAAGACGAGCGAGACGUGUCCGGCGUCGUUGAUGCUGCUGACCAAUGGUCGGGUCAUGGCCAUGGACGACGCGUUACAUCAGCACGAGAAGCCGGAUCUUGGCGGCAUGCGGCCGGUGGGUCGUGGCUCGAAGGAGUUCAAGAUCGUGCAGAAUAAGAACGGUAGCAAUAUUUUGGUGCAUCGUGGCCAUCGGUACACGACUCCGCGGGCCAAGACGGAUGGGGCGGGAAUUUGGUACUGCCACACGUACAUCCCGAACGUCAACCGGCGGUGUUACGUGCCGAUCGAGCUGCUUCCGAAUGGUCGUGUGGCCCCCGUCGGCGACAAACAGCACGAUCACAAACCUCCGUACAAGGCGAAGCCGGACAACGCGGACAGCGACUCCGCGAUCGACGGCAUCGGAGUUCCGGAGCAACCCCAGAAGGUCGGCAAUCGAAUGCUGCUACUCGCGGGUCAUCGCUACAACCUGGCCCAUCGACGCGAAGAUGGUGCCGUCCUGUGGAAGUGCGCCCGCAAGGGCUGCAACGCCUCAAUGUACCGACUCACAGACGGCACGAUCGUCAAAGGUCCCGAGCACAACCACGAAAAGAUGGAGUCGAUCAGCGUCAAAAGCAGUCCCGCCAGCCUCAAACGGAAGCACUCCGAGCUCGAUCGCAGCGCACGCCAAAGCGACCCAACCCGCGCCAACCCGUACAUCGGCCAGUCGAUCAUCAACGAAGGCUUUCGCUACAUCUACUACCUGACGCGCCGAGACGGCACGGAACACUGGCGCUGCUGCCGACGAAUCCCGCUCAAAUGCCGCGGCGCAAUGCUCAAACAACCCGACGGAACCCUGGUCAAAUCCAACGACGAAGGUCACAACCACCCGCCCGACCACACCGAUCAACCCGACUACAUCCCCGUCCCGAGCGUCCCAACCGAACUCCUCCCCAGCGCCGAACCAAUCGACCUGGAUGACGAUCCGGAGACCCCCGUAGAAACUCCCCAAAUCGAGGCGGACGAAGGUUCGUACGACUACGAGCUGAUCGACGUCAAAGGCAAGAAGCGUGGCCUGUACCUCAUCCACAAGGGCGCCAUGUUCGUCGGAGGCCACACGAGACGCGAUCGGGCCCGCUAUUACCGGUGUCGGACGGUCGGCUGCAAGACCGCAAUGCUGUUGAUGCGCAACGGACUGCUGGUGCGAUCGAACGAGCACGCGCACGACUGCCAGAACGCGGUCAAGGUGGGUGAGUCGGAAGAGCAGCCGGAUAGCAAGAAGGUGCGCGUCAAAGAUGAGGAAGAGGAGACGCUGGAGGAAACUUCGCUGGAUGUUGUCGUGCAACUUCCCGACGAGGAGCCGGUUACGAAUGGGAGUGAAUCGCUAGAUCCGGACGACGUGGUCGUCGAGGUCAAGGAGGAGGACUCUGUCGAGGCAGUCUAAUCACACACAAACACAAACAAGCAACGUGUACCAACAUCACGAUGGUAGUCAACACACAAAAAUUCGAUAGCUUCGUAAGUAUUUAUAUAUCUGUAUUUAAAACAAAAAAUGUGUAUGUACCACCGUGCGUACCAUUCUUUACUUAAUGCGUGGCCGUGGCUGUCGCAGUGCAGCGAAGUGCAGCACAGCAGUUGAUGUAUUUUAUCUGUGUUCUGAGAAAGAAAAGCAGCAAUAUAGCGCGCUUGCGCGUGCUUCUUAACAUUGACGAAAAAUAAAGCAAAAAAAAGUCCUGUAAAA